AUGCGGCAAAUUCCUGACCCAGAUAUUGAUAGUACUCAUGGAAUCAUUGUGGUGUCCGGACCCAGGCCGGCACGGUCGCUCGCCAUCCCCAAGGCCCUCAAGCAAGCCGGUAUCGCUCAGGAUGCCAUCGACGCCUUCGGGAUCAAUGAGGCGUUCAGCGUCGUUGCUCUGGCGAAUAUGAAGCUCUUGGGCCUCGGCGAGGAAAAGGUCAAUAUGCACGGCGGCGCGGUUGCGCUGGGACACCCGCUCGGUGCUAGCGGCGCGCGUAUCGUGACAACACUGCUCGGCGUCCUAAAGGCGAAGAGGGGAAAGUUGGGAUGUGUGGGUAUUUGCAAUGGAGGGGGUGGUGCUAGUGCUAUGGUUAUUGAGUCUUUGCAGUAG